CACCUCGUUACUGGAGCUGAGUAUGAAGCCCAUGCUACCAGGCUCAAGUACUACGUGGACUCAGCUCUAAGUGUGACGGAGGAGAUACUGGAGUUCGUGGCAGGACAAGGAAUGAUCAUGACAGUCAAGUACAUUACCGAUCACCAGUAUAACGAUACUUUGCAGCGCUGGAACCUGAAGGUGUCGUGGACCGGUCAACAGAGUAUCGAGGAUUCGUGGGAGAGCGUGGAUGAGUUACUGAAGGAUGUUCCUGUCUUAGUGCGGGAGUAUGUGGAGAAGUCCAGCAGCGACCUACUUCGAGCCUAGCUCAACUAACCUGACGACAGCGACCUUUGGGAGGCGAUGUUGGGCGUCAGCUACUGUUGAGUCAAGCUGCUGUCGCCGUGGUUGAUCAUGGCAAUGAUCUCGACGAGUUGUGACGCGCUUCGCCUCGCAACUUCCGUGGAUGUGACUGGAUAAAGACACGCCGACGCUGCACGCGUCGGCACGAAGACAUUGAACCCCGACACGGACUCGACAAAAGCUACAUGGACAAACAGGAUUCCUGUUUACGGCGCUAGCUGGGCGCCUGUGGACUUUACAUUUACGGCGCUGCUCAGGAGGCAGCGCUGGCUACAUAAGAGGAGGCUAGGAGAGGACAAAGAGGUCGGUUAGUUAGUCUCUAGUUAAUUCUCUUUAAUCAACUUGCCUUGCAAGCAACAUCCCGGGUUCUCGCGACAAC